CUAUCAUCUAUCGUGCUCCCGAGAUCGUGAAUCGGUAUAUCGUGGUCACGGAUUCGGGCACUGCUUCUUUGAAUCUUGAAAGAGACAGCCCUUAAAAUGGCUGACUACUGAGUGCCCUGACUACUGAACAAGGGAGCUGAUCAUGACACUGCCUUCGUUUAGCAUCUGAGCUCCGCGAUCACUACAGCCCGCUUUAAAACGCGCCACGUACCGCGAGAGUUAAGUGGGACCACCAGCAACUCUGCUAUAGCACUUCCUACACAAAGCAAAUUAACAUAAGAGGAAUUCAAGAGGAGGAAUUCAGGCAGCAAAGUUACUUACCUUUUGCUUACCCUUAGUACAAAGUGAAAGACUGAAAACUUUGAGCAAGGUGCUAAAGAUGGAUGAGGAAUUUUGCAUAAUAGGACAAGAAGAGCUGGAUGCAAUUAAAGAAGCUUUAUCCACUCAAGAUAUGCCAACAGCAAUUACUAAAAUCAAGAAUGUUCUUGAGCAGCAAGACCGUGUUGAGUUAAAUAUUGGCGUGACGGGAGAAUCUGGUUCUGGAAAGUCAUCAUUUGUCAAUGCUUUUAGGGGUAUAGGGGAUGAAGAAGAAGGAUCUGCCAAAACUGGUCCAGUGGAGACCACAAUGCAAACACAAGUUUACCUUCACCCAAAAUAUGAAAAUGUGAAAGUGUGGGAUCUCCCUGGAAUCGGGACACCAAACUUUACAGCCAAGGAGUACCUUGAACAAGUUCAGUUUGAACGCUAUGAUUUUUUUAUCAUUAUUGCUUCAGAUCGGUUCAGAGAAUGUCACACCCAGCUGGCCAAAGAGAUCAUGAGGAUGGGGAAGAAGUUUUACUUUGUUCGUUCCAAAAUUGACUCAAACAUUCUCGCUGAAUCGAGAAAGAAAAGCUUUGACCAAGAAAAGACCCUAAAUACCAUACGGGAGGACUGUGAAACAGAAUUGACAAAGAUUGGUAUUGAGGCUCCUGUUGUGUUCUUAAUCUCAUGCUUUGAACUGGGCAAGUAUGAUUUCAAUCUGAUGCAGGAGAGGAUGGAGAAGGAGCUUCCCCAGCAUAAGAGACAUGUGUUGAUGUUGGCCUUACCGAAUAUCACGCUGGAGAUCAACGAGAGAAAGAAGAAAGCUUUAGAGGAAAACAUUCCCAGAGUAGCCCUCCUGUCUGCAGGCAUCGCUACAAUUCCUAUUCCUGGUCUUUCUAUUUUUGUGGAUUUAGCCAUCGUGAACAAUGAGAUAGAGAAGUACUACAGUGUCUUUGGUCUGGAUGAUCCCUCUCUGCAGAUGCUGUGUGAAAGAUCUGGUAAGACCAUAGAAGAACUAAAGAAUGUGAUGAAGUCAUCGUUGCAUCUUGGGAUAAACCCAACUGCUCUCAUAAGCUUCCUGGGAGCUGCAUCGCUGUAUGUAUCAGAGAAUGCUAUUGAGUAUGUCUGCAGUUUAAUACCUGUGCUUGGCACUGUGGUAGCAGGAGGAAUGUCUUAUUUGACCAUCUCAAAAAUGCUAAAGAAAGCUUUGAAUGAGUUAGCUGAAGAUGCCAAAAAUGUGCUGAUAGCUUCACUGGAGACUGAGGUGUGAUAAAAUGCCACAGAUUUUCUAGCGCUACAGGACAUACUAUCAGCUAAACAUUAUGAAGACGUAUCAAUCACAGUUUUAUAUAAAGCAGAAAAGCAACAUAAAAACUGUUUGUAUAGUCCCUUCAGGCUUACUGUAUUCUGGUGUUUUUUUAGACUGUUCAAAUUUGUUUUGAGAUAAAUAAUAAACAAUGGCUCCUGGGUUUGCAAAGUAUGCAAAGGUCAUGAUAUUCUGCAUGUCAAAAUGUCUUGACACUUGUCUUCAAAGACCAGAAUGUAUAUUCUGCUUUGUUAUGACUUUUGUUUGAAAUAUUUAGUGAAUAAACACAUUUACAUCAUUUACAGCGACAUCUAUUGGAACAUGUAUGCAUAUAAAUUGUGCAGCCAUGAGAACAGAACGCAGUUCGCAGUAAAAUCAGCGUUUUAAAACGCAGAUUUUUGAGGAAUUCAGAGUUUACAGGAUUUCUACAUUAAUUGAGUUUAACUUUCUAUUCCAAUGCUAUGAUUUUGAAGAUGUCACGGUUCCCCUCUGUCUCUCCCGGUGUUUCUCUCAUGGACUUCACUCCCCACGAUCCCUCAUGCUCUAGCACUUGCCUCAUCUCCAAUCACGGCACCUGACAGCCAUCAGCCUCAUCAUCCAAGGACUAUUUAUAUUCAUCCCGUUCCAUUGUUCUGUGUCCGGUAUAGUUUGUUGAUGUGUUUAAGGAAAUGUGUUCCUGUGCUUUCUGUUCCAAAUAAAUAUCUCUUUUAGAUUA